AUGAGUGCAGGUCCGGGGUCGCCGCAGGUUGCAGUAGGCGGCCAGGGUCCCGGCGAGCAGCACAGAGCCGCCUCAGCCCCUGACUCGGAGAGCUCAUGUGGCUGCGACCUGGCCGAGGGCGGCUUCUUCGUGCGCCAGGGCGAGUACAUCUGCACGCAGGACUACCAGCGGCUGUACGGGACCCGCUGCUUCAGCUGUGACCAGUUCAUCGAGGGCGAGGUGGUGUCGGCACUGGGCAAGACCUACCACCCUGACUGCUUCGUGUGUGCCGUGUGCCGGCUGCCGUUUCCACCCGGGGACCGAGUGACCUUCAAUGGGAAGGAGUGCAUGUGCCAGAAGUGCUCCCUGCCCCUGUCGGGCGGCAGCUCACACCUGUCCCAGGGCCUCUGGAGUUGUGGGGGCUGCGGCACAGAAAUAAAAAACGGCCAGUCCCUGGUGGCUUUGGACAAACACUGGCAUUUGGGCUGUUUUAAGUGCAAGACCUGCGGGGAGCAGCUGAGCGCUGAAUACAUCAGCAAGUGAGUGGGGGAG